CUGUGCAGAAGAAAAUCAUGCUUUAAAGUUUUGAGUUUCACUAGAUGGCAGCAUAUUCGUGUUUCAACAGGAAAUUACUCUCAUACAGAGAAACUUACCAGUUAGACUACAACUCCCAACAAGCACAGCUCGAAAGUCAUUAGACUUCCUUUUUUACAAAGGUCACUCAGCAUACCAAGCUGGCUGAGAUCUUUUGGCCAGGAGUAUGGGGCGGCUUGAUGGGAAAGUAAGACUUCUGUCUGCUGCAGCACAAGGGAUUGGAAAAGCCACUGCAAUCGCUUUUGCUAAAGAAGGAGCCAAAGUCAUUGCUACAGAUAUCAAUAAGACUAAGCUGCAAGAACUGGAGAAGUAUCCAGGCAUUCAAAUACGGGUUCUGGAUGUCACCAAAAGGCAACAGAUAGAAGAGCUGGCAGAGGAGAUUGAAAGGAUAGAUGUCCUCUGUAAUAUUGCAGGGUUUGUUCAUCAUGGGACCAUUCUGGAUUGUGAAGAACGAGACUGGAACUUUGCUAUGAAUCUUAAUGUUCGCAGCAUGUAUCUAAUGAUCAAGACAUUCCUUCCUAAAAUGAUUAAACAGAAAUCUGGAAAUAUUAUAAAUAUGUCUUCUGUGGCAUCCAGCAUUAAAGGAGUUGUGAACAGAUGUGUAUACAGUACUUCCAAGGCAGCAGUUAUUGGUCUAACAAAGUCUGUGGCUGCUGAUUUCAUUGAACAAGGGAUCAGAUGCAACUGUGUAUGUCCUGGAACUGUUGACACACCAUCUUUACAGGAAAGAAUCAAAGCCCAGCCUAACCCAGACCAGGCAUUGAAAGAUUUCCUAGCCAGACAGAGGAUUGGCAGGAUGGCUACUGCUGAAGAAGUGGCCCAUCUCUUUGUGUACUUGGCUUCUGAGGAAUCUGCCUACAUGACCGGCAAUGAAGUUGUCAUUGAUGGAGGAUGGAGCUUGUGAUCAACUCUACCUGCAGAUGGAAAUCCGUACAAUGAAAAGCAAAAAGUGAGGAUCACGUUUCUCAGUUAAGAGUUUUCAAAGUUUUACAUCACUUAUAGGAUGUAAUCUAGAACAAAUUUGGUGCAUUUUUAUGGUUAUGUGAUCUCAUUCUAUAAUCAGUCUUGUUUUAAGCAAAUCUAAAUGAAAGGAAUUAAUACCAUCAUUAUUCUCAGCCUAGAAAAUAUUUAGAAUUUAAACAUUCACAAUUCUUACCAGCAUUACGAGACUAUCCAGAGAAAACAGACAACUUUUAAAGCAGCCAAAAAGUUACCAAAUUUAAUGUUUAUUUUAAACAACAGAAGAAAGCAGAAGUGAUAUAUGUGAAGUUUGAAAUAAUUUUGUUACUAAUGACAGACAUUUACUUCUAGAGAACAUACUAGAUCUUGCAAAUUAUACCUGAAAAUCUAUCCUGUUUGCAGACUUUCGUUUCUGCUCACUUCUAUCAUUAGCAAAAUGGUUUUUAAAAAACAGUAACGACCAUAGAAAAAUAGUUUGUGUUGGACUUGUUGAAAAGAAUCUGACCUGAGACUGACAUCCAGAGUAGAAGGUGCAAGACUGUCAGAGACACUGGAUAGAUAGUGUAUGGGCAGAAGAAAUUCCUGCACAUACAAUAAGAAGUCAGUGUACAUGCACAGCUGUUUCAUGCAACUACAAUAUCCAUUUUCCCAUAUACUGGACAAGUUAGACUGUUGGAAUUUUGAACAACAACAACAAGUCAUAGCCCAAAAAGCUAUGACUGUUAGAAGCAAUAGGACUGGCUGCCUUGUGGUUCCAGUGUUUUUUGUUUAGGCAUUUGAAGAAUAUAGACACUGUCUUUGUGAAGCAGAGAUGAUAGAAGAUAAAUUGUUAUAACGGCUGUUAAAAGACUAUGCUCUCUACAUGCUUGUAAGCCUUACAGAAUCAUGUUAGCUCUUACCUUUAAUUGUAGUGGGAACGUUCCAAUCCUGAGUAGUUUGUCUGUGGGAUUUUCAGUUAUGUUCUCUGGCAUUUCAUUCCAGUGACCUCAGCAGCCAAGCAGGAUGAAGUUGGAGCAAAAAUCCAAAGUUAUCCAAAAUGGCUCCACCAAUACUCACUGAUGUAAAGUCAAAUGUUGAACGUUCAGGCCAACAGGAUUCUGUUUCAGUGUUUGCAGAGCUUAAAGUGAAGGCUAAAGUCCUCCUUUUGUAGGUGGUAUGGAAGGCUUACCUUGGGAAGGUGUCUCCACGCUUGUAGAAUCACAGGAAGCUUGUGCUAUUUUGAAAAUGAAAGUUCUCUCAAAUUCAUCAUUAUAAAUUACUUACUGCAUAUAGAACUUUAAUAGAUAACAUUUCUAAGCUCAUUGGUGAUCGUAAUGCAUUGAUGCUACUCAAAAAUGUUGUUUAGACAAAACGCUCCUGCAACAAAAAGAGAGAGCAUCCACUUUCUACCUUGCACUGAAAGCACAGAUACAGGCAUUUUUUCAGAGAAGCUGGUUGUCAAAAACAAAAACACCACCAACAGAGAGUGCUGUCUCUUGUUUUGCUAGUGGUGUGUGUUAUUGCAUGGUUGUGUUAACAGCCAUAAGUCUGAAAUGUGCCUCAACAUCUUGUGUGUUUUCAAGCAGGCUUAUUAAAAGAUAAUGCUUUCUAAUA